AUGAGCAAGUUUAUCAUCAACCCGUCCAACAUUACCAGGCUCCAUGGUAUCGCGUUUGGGUCGACCACUGGCCAGUUUGCGGGUUCUGUAGUACUCGACGACAUUCAAUUCAACAAUGGAUCGAUUUGUAUGGACGAGCGAGAGGGUGUGCCCAUCUACUCUAACGGAUCGCUGGCCGAUGGUCUGGCCGUCUAUUCACAAGGUUCCAACUUUGAAUCUACCGUCGUUCAAUACACCUCUCAUCGUACCGUUCAGUGGUACCUCAACAAUCAAUAUGAUAUUUCCGUAGGAUUCGAAGCUGGUGCAUUGGACACUGUCGAAAACAAUGGUCUCAUCAUCUCUGUCUACUUUGUACCCAAUGCCGAUACAUACACGGAUCCCAACGACGUUUCACAGACGCCUAUUCAACCAAAGAUCAGGUUUUCGCUUACCAACCAGGGAACUGAUAUCCAACCUCUGGGUAUCGCCGAGUAUCUUGGAGGUGAAAUUCCUCCCAACAGAUGGCUCUCGUUCACCAUUCCAUUUGAAGAUUUUGGCCUUUGGGAGAGUGCCACUGUCGAUGGUUUCAAGCUAAAGACCGACGGUUGGGACUCUUCAGUCACUCAAGGCACUCUUUACAUUGGAAAGAUCAAGGCUGCCAAAUUUGUUCCUCCACCAUCUGAAGAAUCUUCAGCCUUUAUUCUUAAAUCUUCUUCAUUGUUUACCUAUGUUACCAUUACCUUGAUUUCCUUUAUUCUUUAUUUUUGA